CAGAAGUGUGCAUCAAAUUACGUCAAUUUGCUGUCAUUUUAAAUAAUUUUGCAAGUUGUUGUUAUAUUGCAAUUAAUUCGUGUUUUAUUAAAGUUUUAAAUAGAAAAUAAGAUAAAAUGUCGAUUUUGGGGUACAAUGGGGGUGCCAUGGUGGCGAUGAAGGGGGAUAAGUGCGUGUCCAUAGCCGCUGACAAAAGAUUCGGUAUUCAAGCCCAAACGAUUACUUGCGAUUUUAAAAAGGUUUUUGAUAUGGGGCCUAGGCUUUAUGUUGGUUUACCAGGGCUUGCAACCGAUGUACAGACUGUCAUGGAGAAGCUUAGAUUCCGUAAAAAUCUCUACGAGCUCAAAGAAAACAGGACGAUGACUCCAGAGGUGUUUGGAGCAAUGUUAUCGAGUAUGCUCUAUGAGAAGCGUUUCGGGCCCUUUUUCGUCGAGCCUGUGAUAGCAGGGUUGCAUCCGACGACCCAUGAACCGUUUAUUUGCAACAUGGAUUUAAUUGGGUGUAUUAAUCAACCUGAUGAUUUCGUAGUUGGUGGUACAGCUUCGGCGCAACUUUACGGUAUGUGUGAAGCCCUGUGGGAGCCUAAUUUAGGCCCUGAAGAUUUAUUUGAAACGACUGCACAGGCUUUAAUUAAUGCUUUCGAUAGAGAUGCUAUUUCAGGUUGGGGAGCAACAGUUUAUAUCAUUGAAAAAGACAAGGUGACUGUAAGAGAUAUCAAAACACGUAUGGAUUAAGAAAAAAACGUAUUUUUUAUACCUACAAUUCUAUUUAUAAGAUUAAAAAAAAACAAUUUUUUCUUUUGUUAAAUAAGGUCAAAAUAAUAAAAAAUACAAAAUA